CAGCCUGACGUCUUGUUAGUGUGAAUGACUGAGGGGGGAGAAAACACUGACAACAGCUCAGCAGGCGAGACAGUCGCGGAAACUGAGAGACAAUUUUCUUUUGUAACUUCUUCCCGCUUCCUUCCUUUCUCCCUCCACCUGUAUGACUUCGUGAAGACAAAAGCGGCUCAGUCAUGGAGAGCUCCACUGAGGCUUCCCCGAGUGCUGGCAUCUCUCAAACAAAGCCAGCUCUGACCCCCAAACCUCGGCUUGCUCCGAAGCCCUUCUCUCUGCAGAAGAACUCGAACAUUCGCUCCAUCAAUGCUCCAAAGACGGUCACUAAAAAAACAUCGCAGAAGACUAUACCCUCCCCUGCUCAGCAAACCCCCGCCUCUGAUUCCAAACCGAGCCCUGUAAGUGUGCUGAAUACCAAAAAUCAACAAAAAACAACAACAGAUACUAUCGAUUCUGGUGUAGGAAAAUCUGAUCCUUCCUCACAAACUGCUCCACCCAAAGAAACACCCGAGUCUGAGCUAAUCGAGAAGGACGAUGUCAUCCAAAUAAAAGCCAAAGCAUCCACAGUUAUUGAGCCUGAAUCUGAACAGAUAGAUGGAAAAAAGAAAGAAGAAGAAAAAUCUCAGACUUCGGUCAUCAAGAAACUCGAAGAAUCAGAUGGUGACGUUUCAUCUGCAGUUGAUCCCAAAUAUCACUUGGGUAGCAUCAGGAAGCGCCUGCCCACGGAGCUCACCUCAAAGUUCGAGUCAGGUGGCCCGUGUUUGCCCCCCCAGCCGAGUAAAAACAUCCCAACAAUCAAAAACGUUGCAAGCAAGCCAGAAUCUUCAGAUCCGGAGCAGAGCCCGAGAGCAUCAGAGCCAUCAAACACAGAGAAUGAAGAAGGAGGACUGAAGGAGGACUAUGGUGGAGGAGGCAGUAUAAAACGCAGAAUCAGUCUCCUGUUUGACUCUUCAUCGAGGCCAGAGGUCAUGGCAAAGAGAGACGAGCCAGAAAUUGUGAAUGGUACAGGAGGAGUGAAAGCGAGAAUUAAAAACUGGGUCACAGAGACUAACUCUGAGACUGAGAAGAAGCCUCAAGUUGUGCACAGAGGUCGCUCUAAGAGCUUUGAGCCAGGAACUGCUCUAACAGAAGAGGAGACACCUGAAAAACCAAAUGUUGAGCCCCCUGCGAGCAAGACAUCGUCCAGCGAGGAGGUGGCUCAUUCUUCAAGAGCGCCGCCUGCUGAACAACCUACAGACACCCCGACGGAAACAUCCGAAGGGGCUAGUACAGAAAAUAAGUCGUCGGAAAUCUUGGGAGACACAUCAGAAGAGCGCACACAGAACAAAUCCAACGAGGGGGAAGUCCAAUUACGGAACCGCAGCCGAUCUUUAAGCCAGACCGCCACUGAUGAGGGAGACUCAGCUGCCAGUCAAAGUCUGCAGCAUUCUCUGAAGAGGGGCGGAGUCAAACGGCGCUCUGUUACCUUUGGCGUGGUGGAGAGAGAUGAUGGAGGGCCCCCCGUGCCCCUGGGCUCAGACCCUGAUUCCAGCGAAGGAGAGGAAGAAGAGGCACCAAAGGAUGACACUGAGGAGGAAACCCCGGAAUCAAUACCGGUCUACAGAAGAGUGGGUUCACUUCAGAAGAAGAACGAUGAGGCGCAAAGGGAAGAAGAGGAACGACUGAAACACGUGGAAUUUGAAAAGAGACGGAGGGCAGAGGAGCAUGAACAGGCGAAUCUUGAGAUCGAGCAGGAGCGUAAACGAAAAGAGGAAGAAGAGAGGGAGAAAGAAAAGGCAAGGCAGAGGGAGGAGGAAGAAAGGGAAAGAGUGAGGCUGAGGGAGGAGGAAAUGGAGAGAAAGAGGAAGGAGGAGUGGGAAGCAGAGAGGUUAAAAGAAGAAGAGAGAGCGAGGGAAAGGCAGAGAGAAGAAGAUAUGGAGAGGGAGAGGCAGAUGGAGUUGAUGCUGAAGAGACAGAGAGAGGAGGAAAAAGAAAAGGCAAGACAAGAAGAGGAGAGACUCAAAAAGGAACAGGAGGAGAAGGAAAAAGAGAGACUGAAGGAGGAGGAGAGACUGAGGGAGGAAAGAGAGAGGCAAAAGCUCAGAGAAGAAGAGAGGGAGAGAGAGAGGGAGUUGAUGUUGCAGAGACAAAGGGAAGAGGAAAGAGAGAGGGCAAAACAAGAAGAGGAAAGGAGCAAACAAGAGCAGGAAGAAAGUGUAAAAAAGAGACUGAUGGAGGAGGAGAGAUUGAGGGAGGAAAGAGAAAGACAGAGGCUAAGAGAAGAAGAGAUGGAGAGAGUGAGGGAGGAAAGAGAAAGACAGAGGCUAAGAGAAGAAGAGAUGGAGAGAGUGAGGGAGGAACGAGAAAGACAGAAGCUAAGAGAAGAAGAGAUGGAGAGACUGAGGGAGGAACGAGAAAGAGAGAGGCUAAGAGAAGAGGAAAAGAGACUCAUUCGUGAACAGGAGGAAAAAAUAAUUGAGAGAAAACUGAGAGAGGAGGAAAUUAACAUAGAGAAGCAAAGAGAAGAGGAGUGGGAGAAAGAGUGGUUGAAAAAGACCGAAGAGUUGGGAGGAGGAGAAAAAGGAGAAGAGGAGAGGGGAAGAGAGACAGAGUUGAUGAGGCAGAGACAGAAAGAGGAGAGACAAAGACAAGAGGAGAUGGAGAAAGAAAGGCUAAGAGAAGAGGCAGAGAAGAACGAGCAGAAAAGGCUAAAAGAGCAGCAACAAAAAGAAGAGAUGGAGAGAAUGAGGGAAAUAGAAAUGGAGAGGCAAAGAGAGGAGGAGGAAAGGAGACGGAUGGAGAGAGAACGAGUUGAAGAGCUGGAGAGGAAAAUGAAAGAGGAGUUGGUAAGAAAGCAAGCACAAGAAAUGGAAGAAAAGCUAAGGCUAGAAGAAGAGAGGCAAAAAAGAGAAAAGAAGGCAGAAUCAUCUCUUCCCCCCUCAGCAAAAAAGAGUCAAAUUGAAGUAGUUUAUGAUGACUUCUCCGUCAAGCAGUCUCUGAUGGAUGUGGAUUUCGAUGACUUUUCCGUCAAACCAAAGAGAUGGGGAUCACAGGCCAAAGCAGAAGCUAGUCCGGUCACCCGAAGAUGGGAAGAGGAUCCUGCUGAGAAACAAGAAGUGGAAGCGCUGGUGCCAAUGGAGGUCAGCCAGGGGGCGAAUAAAGAACCGGACAGCCCUCUGCCCACAUUAACCCAGAAAAGUCCUGUGGAAGAGGAGGUGGUACAGCUCAUCUCCAUAAAGUUUGUAGAAGAGGAAAUGGUGAUGGAGAGGGAGAAGGAAACGGAGGAGGAGACGACAAAGGAAGAUGAAGAAGACAAGCAGGAGUACUUUGGAGGGAAACUGUCGGCUGCCCAGCUGCAAAUGGCGGGCUUGGUGGGCAGCAUGCGACGCUCCUUGCAAGGGGCUCUGGAGCUGGUGUGGGGCACUGCAGAAGAGAAGCAGGAGGAGGAAGAGGAGGAUAAAGAAGAAGAAGAAGAAGGAGGUGGAGGUGGCGGAGGACGGUUUCAGAGAGCCGUGUCACCGCUCCGUAGUUUCGCCAGACGCAGCAGGAGGUCCCUGCGCCGCUUCUCUGUCAGAAGUCGCCAGACUCUGCAGAGGACAUCCACUGAAAGCUGCUCAGUAAGAGAGGUUAACAGUGGCAGAACAGAAGCGGACAAAGACACUGAUGCCUUGAUCGACAAUGAGCCAGACCAGCAGCGUGAGGCCCGUGAGGAGCCGUCUGAAAUUGACAGUCCAGAGCCCGUGCCUGAAGAAGCCCCUGAGGCCUCCCCUGAGGGUUCCCCUGAAGAUGCUGAUAUGACAGAUUUUCACACCGUGGAAGAGCCAGCUCCAUUCCCUGAGAGCUCCAAUCCUCUCCUUGACACUAGCGUGCAGAGAUCGAAGGCUGACCUCGGUAAGAGGCGAAUUCGGUCACGUCCGUCCAAGGUGUUUCGUUCAGGCUUGUCGGCGAAGGAGAGCCCUGACUGGAGGUGUCACGACUCCACAGAUGAAAAGGAGGCAAAUCAAAAGGAUUCAGACUCUGAGGAGGAGCAGCCUCAACUGAAGAAAGUCAGUACUACUCCUCCCUCCUCUAAGAGAGUCCCCGUCUUCCCUGGCUUGAGUCCUUCAUCCCUAAUUGCUAAGCUUAAAAGGAGAACAAGUGGAGGACGGACCGGAGGAGGAGAGCAAACAGAGGAAGACAAGGGAAGGGAAGAGAAGGAAAGCCAAAAAGAGGAAGACACCGCACCAUCUCCCUCUCUGCUGUCACGUUCUCCUCGCUCUCCCGCUCAUCUAGCGGGGGCUGCCCGAGUGCUGCCACCCUUAGGUGGUGCAGACAAAGGUGCCGUCGCCUCUCCUGCCUGGUUGAAAGAACUCAAGUCAAAGAAACGUCUGAGUCAGUAUGACGGGGAUGCGUAGCAAGCAUCAGGUCACACUGAGAUCUUACUGCUGCUUCUGCUGUGAGACACCUUGCUGUGAUGGCUCGUGUUUACACUUUGAGUGCCUUAAUUUGGACCUUUACCGAGAAACGCUGGAGGGAUGAUCAGGCUUUCCUGAGCCAAGAGGCCAUCAAGAACUUUGUUCAUCUUGUUGAUAAGAUAUGUUGCCAAUUGCUCUGUGCCAAGACUGUGAUGUGUUCAAAGUACACAUUUGAUCUUCUGUUGUACAGAGGCUUAGUGAAGGGGUAGAACCACAGCGUAGUUUAGAGCAUAGACUGUCUUAUUGUAUGAAUGUGCAAAUCCAUCAUUUACAGACUGGGACUGAUGACACUAGGCAUCCAGCAAGUCCAACAUCCACGAUAAAAACACUUGUACAGAAUAUACUGAAUAUAAAUAAUGCAUUGCACCUUUUGUGUACUUACUGUAAAUGUACAAAAUGUCUUCAAAAUUAUCUUUCUAAUCACAGAUCAUCCCAAGUAAUCAUGGAAGCACUUUAAGAUUUUUUUCUUUUCUUUUUUGGGGGUUUUUGUUUUUACAAAUGACCGUCCAUGCAAUACCUCGUAACAACAGAAUUAAGUGCCUAACUGUAGAAGCAGGGUCAAGGGAAUGUAUCUUUAUCUUUUUAAUAAAAACUUCCUGGUUUUUUUCUAUUCAAAAACUCAAUUGCUUGUUUGGGCAGCAACAAUGAGCUUGGAGGAAAUUUCUUUGGCAUGCUAUGAGAAAAUAUGUUUUGUAAAAUGUUUAACUGAGCGAAAUUUUUUAAUAUGCUCUCAACUAUUUUAUGUGCCUUUUUAAUGUUUAAAAAAUGACGCGCUAUCAAUGCUGUAAUCAUCUUUGAUUAACAAACUGUAUGAUAAGAGGAAACUGAGGGAAUUUUAUUAAAAACAAUUCUAUGAAAUGC